CAUGCGGAGGUGGCCCCGCCAGCUCUCCCGGACAUGGAGGAGUUCCGGCUCGCCUACAGCCGCCUAUGCAAGGAGAGUGGGGCUGAGCCCCAGGAGGCCGUGCUGCAGCAGCUGCACCAGCUCCCGACGGGCCGACUGGACCUGGCCACGCGGAGCCUAACGGUGGACACCUGCAGGGCCCUGGGCAAGCUGCUGCUGAAGGAGGCACUGCUGACGGAGCUGGUGCUAAGUGACUGCAUGCUGAGUGAGGAAGGGGCUACACUGCUGCUUCAGGGGCUGUGCACCAACACUGUGGUGCGGUCUGUGGAUCUAAAGGGCAAUAACCUUCGAGCCGCAGGGGCUGAGGCUCUAGGAAAACUCCUUCGACAGAACAAGUCCAUUCAGAGCCUCACUCUGGAGUGGAACAAUCUGGGCACCUGGGAAGACGCCUUUGCCACUUUCUGCUUGGGCCUGGCAGCCAACAGCGCCCUCCAGUCUCUGGACCUCCGCAACAAUCAGAUCAGCCACAAGGGGGCGGAAGAGCUAGCCUUGGCCCUGAAGGGCAAUACCACCCUCCAGCAGCUGGACCUGCGCUGGAAUAACAUUGGCCUCCUGGGGGGCCGGGCCCUUGUGAACUGUCUCCCCAGCAACAGAACCCUGUGGAGGCUGGACCUGGCUGGGAACAACGUGCCCGGAGAUGUCCUCAGAGCCGUGGAGCAAGCCAUGGACCACAGCCAAGAGAGGCACACUACCCUCCGGGAGAAUCAGGCCCGCACCCAUGUCCUCAGCAAGGAGGUGCAGCACCUCCGAGAGGAGAAGUCCAAGCAGUUUCUGGACUUGAUGGAGACAAUUGAUAAGCAGCGAGAAGAGAUGGCCAAGAGCAGCAGGGCAUCAGCAGUACGCUUGGGGCAGCUUCAGGAAGCUCUGAAUGAGAGGCACUCCAUCAUCAAUGCCCUCAAGGCCAAGCUGCAGAUGACCGAGGCCGCCUUGGCUCUGUCGGAACAGAAGGUUCAGGACCUGGGGGAGCUUCUGGCCGCAGCAGAGCAGGAGAAGCUGAACCUGUCACAGCGACAGGCCAAGGAGCGCAAGCUGGAGCAGCAGGAAGCUGCAGAGCGAGAGGCUAAGCUCCUCAGAGACGUGUCUGCUGUCAAUGAGAAGAACCUGCUUCUGCGAAACCAGGUGGACGAGUUGGAGAGAAAGAUGAAGUCUCAGCAGGAGCAGCUGUUCCAGGCCAGGCAGGAGCUGACCAACACAUCAGCUGAGCUGAAGAUGCGGGCUGUGCAGGCUGAGGAGCAUCUGGACUUGGAGAAAAGAAGGUCCAGACAGACCCUGGAGGACUUGGAAAACCUGCGCUGCAAAGAGGUGGAACACAUGACUCGUCACCUGGAAGAGAGUGAGAGGGCCAUGCAGGAGAGGGUGCAGAGGCUGGAGGCCGUGCGGCUGUCCCUGGAGGAGGAGCUGAGCCGAGUGAAGGCAACGGCACUUAGCGAGCGUGGCCAGGCCGAGGAGGAGCUCAUCAAAGCCAAGAGCCAGGCCCGCCUGGAGGAGCAACAGCGACUGGCUCACCUGGAGGAUAAGCUGCGGUUGCUGGCCCAGGCGCGUGACGCGGCGCAGAGCGCCUGCCUACAGCAGAAGCAGGCAGUGGUGGAGGCACAGGCCAAGGCUGGCCAGCUCAGCCUGCAGGUGGAGGGCCUGCGGCGGCGCCUGGGGGACUUGCAGCAGGACCUGAGCAACAAGGACCAGGAAAAGGUGGCCGAGGUGAGCAGGGUGCGUGUGGAGCUGCAGGAGCAGAACGGACGGCUGCAGGCAGAGCUGGCGGCCCAGGAGGCAAUGAGGGAGAAGGUGGCGGCCGUGGAGCGCCAGAUGAAAGCGAUGGCGAGUGACCACCGGGAGGCGCUGCUGGACAGGGAGAGCGAGAACGCUUCCCUCAGGGAGAAGCUGCGGCUCAAGGAGGCGGAGAUCACCCGCAUCCGGGACGAGGAGGCCCAGAGGGCGAGCUUCCUGCAAAACGCGGUCCUGGCAUAUGUGCAGGGCUCUCCAGUGAGGGCCCUGAACCCCCCAAAGUGACGGGAGGCCGGGUGGGGCCGGAGCAGCAGGAGUGCCUCCGACAGUGGACCGAUGGGCUGCGUCCCGGUGCCAUCCUGUCCUCGGGGGCUGGGCCGUCGGGUCCAUGCAUGGAGAGCACCUAAGCUGGGGACAGGACAGCCAAGGUGAAGGUGCUGCGACGAGCGCGUCCUCCUGGCUGCGGUGGGAUGCCGCAGCGCUCUGUCAGGGUGCGCAGCGCGCGCCCAGAAGAGGAUCUUCCCUGCUCCUUCUCCGUGCCAAUCACAAAGAAUGACCCGCCUUAGAGGCAGUACCAUGCUGGAGGGACACGCUGAGGAACGCUCAGCUCUCCCAGUGUGUGUCCUGCCCUCACCUUGUACAGCGUAAGCGCCUUUUACUCGCAGACGCUGCGGGCUGCCCGCGCACGUGCGAGCUUGAAAAUACAGUGCUUUUACACUUUA